GAAAUAUGUUCACUUUAACAUGUUGACUGUCAUAUGAUUUUUGUAUAUUUUGCCACGGAAGUCGCACUCAAGAUCGGAGUAUAUUACACGUUCAAUUUUUGAAAAAUAUUAUAUUGUAUUUGCCCAUUUUUUUCUGACGAUGUUAUCUAAGUCACUCACAUUGUUGAAAAUUUAUUAGGUCAUGAAAUUUAUUUUAUUUUAAUCAUUCUAAAAAAUUUACUAAUAUGGGUCAUCGAUGACCAUCGUGGCAGUCAACGUGUUAAGUUAGUGGUGUAUUUGAUAAAUUUCAAUAAGCAAUAUUUUUUUAUGCUAAAUAUAAUUAUAUAUCUCUGGUGGGCGAGUAAAACAAUCUAAAAGAUGGUAAAACUAUAUGCGCUGUCUGUUUUGUAUAAAAAUCCUACAUCAGCAACAAUGUUAAAAGCUGCUUAUGAUGUAGAGUCAUUUUCAUUUUUUCAAAGAGGAAGCAUCAAAGAGUUUAUGACAUUUAUAAGUAAAACUAUCGUGGAACGUACUCAGAGUUGCUCUAGACAGAGCGUGAAGGAAGGAGAUUACAUGUGUCACGUGUUUGUACGAGCAGAUAAUCUUGCUGCAGUACUUAUAUCGGACCAUGAAUAUCCUAGAAGAGUAGCACAUACACUAAUUACAAAAGUUAUGGACGAUUUUGUAGCAAAAUAUCCACAAUCUAUGUGGGAUACGUUGAGUGAAGCUAUGACUGACUUUGCACAGGUUAACAUAUAUUUAGCAAAAUAUCAAAACCCAAAUGAAGCAGAUGCUCUUACUAAAAUGCAAAACGAUUUAGACGAGACAAAGAUUAUUUUACACAAUACAUUAGAGGCUGUUCUUAAAAGGGGUGAGAAUUUGGAUGAAUUGGUUUCCAAGUCACAAGGUCUUAGCGCUCAGUCGAAAGCGUUUUACAAAACUGCACGUAAAACUAAUUCGUGUUGUAGUUUAACUCCUUAAAACUCUUUGUUGUGAAAAUCAUGCUGACUAUGUUUCAUUGUAAUUUUAUAAUAUCAAUACAGAGUGUAAAGAAAUUAGUAUUACAUACAGAUAUCAUUAAAAUGGAUAAUUUGUAAAUUCUACAUGUAGAUGGCAUCAUGUGGCAAAAUUCGAUAUUUUGUGUACAGACUGUUUGUAUAUAAGGUGUAUUAAUGCACUUAAAUGGUGUAUCAAGCUACUGCCGGAUUCACUCAACUGAUUUUAAUACUUUUUAUUCGCUCUUAAUUAUUUUUUUCCUCUUUCUUUUUGUAAAAACCAACUUGGUCUUAGAAGAAUCGUACUGUAGUUUCGUGUAUAGGAAUACAUUCCGACUUUUAUUUAUAUGUUGACAAAAUAUACAAAAACGAUUAUAAAAAUAAAGUGAAUAUUUCUCUACUAAAGAUAAGUACAUGAUGUAAGUACAACUUUUAAAUUUAUUUAUGUGCCGAGAUGGAUUAUUACAAAAUGAAGCUUUGUAAACAGUUACCUUAGUGUUUAUUUAUAACGUAACAUAGCAUAAUAGUAAAUGAAAAAUAUUUUUGCUAUUAAA